CUCACGCCAGCCCCCUCUUCCCUUCUUUGCAGACUAGGAGCCUUCUCUCUAAGAAGCUGGUCUGCAGUGCCGGUGCGCUGGGCCCAUGCUCCACGGGUGCUCCAUGGAGACUUGGCCAAGCUCUCAGGGCGGGUCCAGGAGUUUGUCGAGCAAGGCGCGCGGCUCUGCCAGCCUGACAGCAUCCACAUCUGCGAUGGGACGGAGAAGGAAAACAGCAAGAUCUUGAACUUCCUGGAAUCCGAAGGCAUCAUUAAGCCGCUGACCAAAUACGAGAACUGCUGGCUGGCUAAAACCGACCCCAAGGAUGUAGCCCGGGUGGAGAGCCGAACUGUCAUUGUUACUGAGAGCCAGAGGGACACGAUACCCAUCACUGCCCCAGGAGUCAAAGGGCAACUGGGCAACUGGAUGAACCCCAAAGCCUUCCAAGAGGCAGUGGAGGACCGGUUCCCUGGUUGCAUGAAAGGUCGCACCAUGUACGUAAUCCCCUACAGCAUGGGCCCUAUAGACUCCCCGCUCUCCAAAAUCGGGAUCCAGCUCACGGAUUCGGCCUACGUGGUCGCCAGCAUGCGCAUCAUGACACGGAUGGGCACCGCGGCCCUCCGCGCGCUCGGAGACGGAGAGUUCGUCAAAUGCCUGCAUUCUGUGGGGCGUCCCCUGCCCCUUAGCGAAGACCUAGUGAACAACUGGCCGUGCAACCCGGAGAAGACGUUAAUUGCACACGUGCCAGAACGCCGAGAGAUCGUCUCGUUUGGCAGCGGCUACGGGGGCAAUUCUCUCCUGGGAAAAAAAUGCUUUGCCCUGCGCAUCGCCUCUUGCAUCGCCAAGGAUGAAGGCUGGCUCGCUGAGCACAUGCUGAUUCUGGGACUCACAAACCCUGAGGGGAAGAAGAAAUACGUGGCUGCCGCCUUUCCUAGUGCGUGUGGAAAGACCAACUUGGCCAUGAUGAACCCUACCUUGCCCGGCUGGCGGGUGGAGUGUGUCGGGGACGAUAUCGCCUGGAUGAAGUUUGACAGCGAAGGCUCCCUGCGUGCCAUCAACCCUGAGAAUGGCUUCUUUGGGGUGGCCCCGGGGACGUCCACUCGAACCAACCCCAAUGCCAUGCACACCAUCCAACGUAACACCAUUUUCACCAACGUGGCCGAGACCAGCGAAGGCGGAGUCUACUGGGAGGGCAUCGACCAGAUGAUCCCCGAAGGAGUCACGAUCAGCACCUGGCAAGGAAAACCUUGGAAACCUGGUGACCCAGAACCUGCUGCCCACCCAAAUUCCCGUUUUUGUGCCCCGGCUCGCCAGUGCCCCAUUAUGGACCCGGAUUGGGAAUCUCCCCAGGGUGUCCCCAUCGACGCCAUCAUAUUUGGGGGCAGGAGACCAGCAGGGGUCCCUUUGGUGUACGAGGCCUUCAACUGGCGCCACGGGGUCUUCGUGGGCUGCGCCAUGCGAUCUGAGUCCACAGCAGCGGCUGAGCACAAAGGUAAGGUCAUCAUGCAUGAUCCCUUCGCCAUGCGUCCCUUCCUUGGUUACAACUUCGGCCACUACCUGGAGCACUGGUUGAGCAUGGAAGGGCGCAAGGGCGUCCGCCUUCCCAAGAUUUUCCAUGUCAAUUGGUUCCGCAAAGAUGCUGCCGGGAACUUCUUGUGGCCAGGUUUUGGGGAGAAUUCCCGGGUCCUGGACUGGAUUUUCCGCCGGGUGGAUGGAGAAGAGAGUGCCCAAGAAACACCCAUUGGGUACAUCCCCAAAGAUGGUGCCUUAGACCUGUCGGGCCUAAGCAAGGUGAGCUAUCCGGACCUCUUCUCGCUACCCAAGCAGUUCUGGGAACAAGAGGUCCGGGAAGUGAGACAAUACCUGAUGGCCCAAGUGCCCGAGGACUUGCCCAAAGAAGUCUUGAAAGAACUGGAAGCCUUGGAGAACCGGGUGAAGAAGAUGUGAGAGACCUGAACAGAGGAAGACCCCAAAAAACAAAAGAAAGACCAAAGAUUCUUCCCCUGUUUCUUGGGGGGGCAGGCAGGGGGGAAGAGGAGACAUCAGGGGGCUUGUUUACAGAAAUUCCGUUCCCCUUUUCUUACCAGCUAAGCCUCUUCAGCCUCAGGUGUCCCCUAUCACGUUUCCAUGGUCAGGAGAUGGCCACCUAACUUCCUAUUGCCACGCAUACCUUCCUUGACACGAGUCACCUUCCUUGAUAUCUCCACUUUGCUUCCUUCCUCAACGACACUGUCAUUCUUCAGCUCUAGGGAAACGGGAAGGGGCUGAGCUUGCAUCUUCUUGCAUCAGAUGGGUGUUGGUACCCUUCUGAGAUGAUGAUUCUUGUCUGCGCAGUUUCUCUGUAGAUGCUCCUGAGAGGCUUUGAUCUUUGACCAGCUGCCUUUUCCUUUUUUUUAACUUGGAAAAAUCACUGAUAGAGAGGGAAGAAGGGAAGACGAGGGAAAAAGGACAUCUGAGGCUAACAUGGAGGGUGGCUCCAACAUUUAUCUCGAAUGCUGCAACUGUUAUAUCUUGGGGUGCAGAAACAGAGUUAUCUAUGAUACCUUCAUAGUCCUACCAUGUUUAGGACAUCAGUUCAGCUCAUUCAUAGAUUCUAGAUCUGUUACUAACACCCAUAUUAAUUAGAAUAUGGCACAGGCCAUCAUCCUUAGUCAUUCUGUCUCUGGAUCCACAUUUCACACUGCCUUAUUUUGAGUCAGAUUAUCGAUCUGUCUUCAAGGCAAGGUUACUUGCUUAACCUCACAGAGGUCCCGUGUGAUACAAAACCGAGGAGGACCUUUUAAUCUGAUGAAUUCCCUCCUUUCCCGUCCAGUACGUGAACUGUUGCCCCUUAAUUGGAUAGAUUUUGUAGAUUCCUUGCAAAUUGGGACAAAUCAUGAAUGGUUUUUCUGCACUGAGGGAGAUCAGAAAGCCCCCCAAAAAAUCUCCACCAAGCUGUGCAUGAUGAUGGAUCAAACUGUUGAAUUGAUAAAGUUACCUUGCCCACUCCGGUAACAUUAGCAUACGGCAUUUCUGCUCUCCUAUUGUUGCAUUAGUUCUACGUUUAUCCACCCACUGACACAUAGUGCAAACCGAGAAACAUUGCACCCAGAACAUCCAGCUCUUAAGCAAACCAGAACUGUGUUACUAAGUGUUAAGUUUUCUUUCUACUAAUUAAACAUAAAACAGUCAAGAUCCAUCUAUAUUCUGAAUCCUCUCUCAGCAUGCUACAGCUUUCCUACCAACAUGUAACAUGAGGAUACUUCCAUCCAGUUCUGAUUUUUGUAAGACUGAUUAUGAUGGUCUCUAGUAGAGUAGUGAUCCCAGAGGUAAAAUCUGGCUGCAGACCCUAGAAAGGUAACUGAGUCCUGCUGAGCAGAGGUAGAAUGAUAGAGCUAAAUAAUUUUGCUCCUCUCAGAAGAGCUAAAUUUAUGUUGGCUUGAGGAACAUUAAUAACUUGGUUGAAAUGUUUAGUUAAUUUGUCCAUUGCUGUAGCAAGAAUGUGGGUUGGGGUCUUGAGAUCUUUCAUCAAGCAUAGCCUUAAACAAACCAGGGGUGUUGUAAGGACUAAUGUUGGAAAAAAAUAGCAUCCCUUUGAAAGGAACCUGUCUGCGCUUGGGCAGAAUUUGGGUACCAUCUCACCAUAAUUCCAUUACCAGCCUUGGACAGGAUUCAGAUUAGGGUGGGUUUGGUGUCUUUUAAUAUUGCAUUGCUAAUGAAACUUUUGGAAUAUUUAGAUAUUUCCAUGACAUCACAGCAGUGUGACCAAUAGCUAAGGAGGACUUCAUUUUUUAGCCUAUUGCACAUCUUAAGAAGUUCAGUGAGGGGAGUAAAUUACAAAACGUGCCUGUUCCUUACACACUAAAAUGAUAGGCUUGUUACACUUAAUCAGUCAAGAAUGUUAGUAGUUGGCUAUGAUGUGGAAUCUUUAAUUGGUGCUCAAUGUGAUAGUCCAUUUUUUUCUUAUUUCUCUACAUUCCUAGUACAUCUAGACCCCAGAUAAUGGGUUUUUAUGUCCUUGCUUGCCUCUUUUAAACUGCAAAUAAUGCGCUGGAUUUUAUUCUUGUGGUGAGAAGGACACACUGCUGAAGAGAAAAGAAGGAGCCAAGAAAAAUAAAACUGGUCAACAUC